UCCGUCGACUCGGCUGUCUCUAGUCUUCUGAGUUCGUGAUUGAUUCACCAUAGCUGCGUCAAAACCGUAGUCGAAACGGCAAAAUUAGCGUAAUAAACGGAAAGGAUUUGGGACACGUUUCUUUACAGUUGCUGACAAAUUCAUUGUCUAGAAAAAUGGUGAAGUUAACACCGGAAUUGAUCCAGCAAUCGAUGCAGUACAUAAAUCCUGUACGAGAUCGAGAAUUGGACUUGAGAGGAUAUAAGAUACCAACGAUAGAAAACCUGGGGGCCACCUUGGACCAAUUUGAUACAAUAGAUUUCUCUGACAAUGACAUCCGAAAGCUGGAUGGAUUCCCGUUGUUGAAGAGACUGAAGACCUUGUUCUUCAACAAUAACAGAAUAGUCAGAAUAGCCGAAGGCUUAGAGCUCUGUAUUCCAUCGCUGGAGGUGCUUAUGCUUACCGGUAACAUGAUACAGGAACUGGGCGACUUGGACCCACUCAUUCCGCUGAAGAAUCUUCGGAACUUGUGUCUCCUGCAGAACCCGGUUUCCGCCAAGCCUCAGUACAGACAGUACGUCGUCUAUAGAUUGCCACAGCUCCGUCUUCUCGACUUCAGGAAGAUAAAGCCAAAGGAAAAGGAAGCAGCCAUCCUCUAUUUUAGAAGCAAGAAGGGCAAGGACAUGGCCAGAGAAAUAGCCAAGAAGGCCAAGACCCUUGUUGCUAACAAUGGCACCCUAAGCAAACCACCCACCAAUGCUGAAGAACGCACAAAGAUCAGAGAGGCCAUCACAAAAGCUUCGUCACUUGAAGAAGUUCAACGAUUGAGCAAGUUACUACAAGCUGGUCAAUUACCUGGCGAGGAAUCUUCACAGAAUGGCACCCCACAGCAGCCAACGCCAAUGGAGGAGGAGGACGAUGAGUGAACGAAAUUGAGGGAUAAAUGUUUAAUAAUCCGUUUACCGCAUUACGAAUUAAGUUCUUUUUUUUUAUAAGGUUACAGCGUAAUCCCGUAAGUAUGCAUUGCCUCCUGAUCAACGUUUGUAAAAUGAAAUAUGUAAAAAAAAAAAAGGUUCUGCAUAUUAAGCUAAUAAGAAGCUAUACACUACACAAAAUACAGUAUUAUCCAUUGGAAUGUAUGGAUAGAAAGCGAUGGAAAACCGAAAUAACGGUUCAUUGAAAAUUCUAAAAAUAAAUUACUCUUUGAUUGCAAUGAAACAAGGUUCGGAAGCGAUUUUACCUGAACGAAAUUUUCUCUGUAAUGUUUCUCCGCUGAUUCUAAUGUAAAUCUCUGUUUAUUUCAGCGUGGUUCGAAUAAAACACAUUGUUUUUCACAUUAUAAA